UUUAGCAAACAUGAGUGAUUCCCAAGAAACGCUCUAUAAGUGUGAGGAAUGCUGUUCAGAGUUUAAAAUGCGAAAGAACCUCUACGCCCAUAUGAGGAAAGUUCAUGAACUUGAUAUCCAUGUGUCUAAAAAAGGAAAAGGCAGUGAAUUGUGUCCCCAGUGCGGAAUUGCAUUUAUGAGAUGCAGUUCAUUAAAACAUCAUCAGAUAACUGUGCAUGGCAUGAAGUCGGAAGAAAACAGUCGGAAAUGCCGUAUUAUUUGCCCACAGUACUCUCUCUCGUUUCUCACCUAUGACACACUGAGAACACAUAUUCAAGAGAACCAUGACGUUAGUUUUGAGUGCCAGGAGAUAGAAUUUGGUUGUCUUGCAGACUUUGAAGAGUGGAAAAUUUCUUACGAAAAAGUCAACCAUGUUCGUUAUGUAAUGAAUUGUUCGGAGCAGGAGCGACUAGAAAAACGUGUUCGAUAUUACCACUGCCAUCGCUCUUUCAAUUUCAAUUCUAAAGGAACAGGUGCCAGGUGUGUCAAAAGUAUGGGCACGAAUAAAAUAGGCAGUACUUGUCCAUCCAACAUGCAAGUGACAAUAACAGAGGACAAAUGCUGCUUAAAAUUUUUUGCAAAACAUAUGGGACACACCCAAGAUGUUGGAAGAACAUUUCUGCAUGGGAACGAGAGGGCAGAGUUGGCAUGUAAAAUGGAUUAUGUUACACUUAUGUACAUGAAACAUGAAAUUAUCAAAUUUAUUUGUGUGAACAGACGUAGGGUCUAUCAAUGUGCUUCAUUUUUAUUUCCGUUUUUUUCUUUUUUCAGGACGGCUGUCACAGGGUGUUCCUGUUGGACGAGUCUUACAAGAUGUCCGAAGUGCACCAAUCGCUGCAAGUGUGGAGAGAAUCCAUCUCCUUGAGAAAAAAAAAAUUUGCAUAAUAUAAAAAGGGAUUUUGAUAUUGGUUAUGCAACGAAGAAGCAUGAAAAUGAUGCAGUGAGUGUGAAAUUGUGGGUUGAAGAAAUGAAGAGACAAAGUGACAACCCAGUACUGUAUUUCAAGCAGCAAAAACAAGUGGAUCCUAAUUUUCAAGAUGAAGACUUCAUUCUUAUUAUAAUGACAGACUUUCAGGCCGA